AUGGAACUUAGACUGGUGAGCAAUCCUCUGCUGAGAUCUCGAAUGCCACCACUACUCUCUUUCCUCACACAUUCAACUCCUCCACUAUGGCGAUCGACCGCGGCUUCUCGACAGCUGCGACUGCUCAUGCCUAAGUCGCCAAGAUGUACAAGCUCGAAUUUUCAUACCACAACUCGUCGCCAGCGGGAUAAUGCAUCGUCCACGGCGGCCGACCUCGACUUUCUCGAAGAUAAGCCUCAGCCAAAGCCUGAGCAAAUUUCUCGGUCUCCAGCCUCGCAAAGAAGGCCUAUAGAUGACAUACUUGGGAGUCAGCUCGACAGCCUUCUGGAUUCGACUUUCCACACUCCUACUCCAGCCAAAAGAAAAUCCUCGGAACCAGCUGAUGAAUCCUCCGCCGCAAUGAUCGAAACCGCUUUCCAAAACUCCAACCGUACACGCGCCCCCGACAAACAUUAUCAAGAAAUAUUUCGAAAAAUGCAGUUUCCUCCUUCCCAGGAGCUGACAAGCGCGGGCACCCCCAGAAUUGUCUCCCGUGAUGCAAACCGAACUUUGGAGAAUACUCAGAAGACGCCUAAGCGGGCCACUCGCACAGUCCGAUCACGCCCAGCAAUUGGACGUACAAUCGAGGUGGUUCCUGAAAGAGGAGUGGAUUUCGGGCGUGCCUUGAGAGGUUUGGAAAUUUCUUGUGCCGUCAACAAGGUCAAGCAGGACUUGUCACGCCAACGAUUUCAUGAAAGACCGGGCUUGAAGAGGAAGAGAUUAAAGAGUGAGAGGUGGAGAAAGUUGUUUAAGGCGAGCUUUAGGGCUACAGUAAUGAGGGUGAGGGAGAUGAGGAGGAAAGGGUGGUAG